AUGGACAACGAUUACGACUGUCCAUGCACAGAAGACACCGAUUCGUCACCGCCGACGCCGCCUAUUUGCGUUUGUCCGCGCGACGACCACGAUAUCGUGGUGCACGAAACCAACUGCCUGCUCUACAAGAACGAGCAGAUGAUUUAUAAAGAUACGGACGGCUGCGAAUGCGACUAUGACGCCGUGCAAGCCGAUGACGACAUUUGCCGUUGCUGCCGGUGCCCACAGGAUCAAUGCCGCUGCGGAAGAGCCGGCAAGGAGGCGUUGGACGAAUGGCGCAGCAAGCGGGUGAUGGGCGCCAUGCCAGCAGUGCUGGAAGCGACGCAUCCGCUCAUGCAGAAGUUCCAGGAGACACUCAGACGAUUCCUCGAAAGGGAGAACGCUAUAGCUGCAGAGGAGAUUCAAAAAUUGCGCGACGAACUGAAGCAGAGCAAACAAGAGUACGACAAGGACCUGGAAACUAUUUACCGCGACGAUCACGACACCAACGCUCAAAGGGCUUUAAUAGCCGAAUACGAGGAGACGUUGGCCAAGAAAAUGGCCGAGCGGCAAGCAGAGGAACAGCGCGUGCACGACUCCAACGAGAAGUAUAAGAUGGCUCGAGAGAAGUUAGAGGCAAACCUCAUUCAAGAGCGAGAGGCAACCGAAGAGCUGGAGGCUUUGACGACGCUGUGCCGACAGCUUGAGGAGUGGCGCGAGGAGACGGAAUCAGACCUGGCGGUGAACCAGCGCAUGUCGGAGAAGAUGAAAACGGAGAAGAGAGCGUUGGCGGACGAGAAGCGACAGCUGGACUUGAUCAUAUACAGCCUUAGCAAUGAAGUCUGGAAGCUGGAGUCCAAACUGGAGAUGUUCCAGAAGCAGCUCGACAUCAAGAACGUUGAAAUGGAGCAAGUCAACGACAAGGUGACCGCUUACGCUGCAGAGUUGGAGGAUUUGGAACUGGACAAACGUCGCCUCGUGAGCCUCUGGAACUCUGUGCUGGUCAACAUACAGCACAGGGACAAAGUUUACGACUCCGUUCGUGACGACUAUAAGGCCCUGCAGGAAAACUAUCGUACGUUGCUGAGUAAAUUAGAGAUAACGAAGAAGGCGGCUAUGGAAGAGAUGAAUAGAGGCAAAGAGAUCGCAAUGAACAAAGACAAGAUUCUGUACGACAUUGUGGCCGUAGAAAAGCUACUGGACGGCGAAGAGGCGAAACGAGUUAAUUUGGAAACGCAGAUAUCAGAGCUCUCUGAAUCAAUAGAGAUGACGGAGAGAGAUCAGGAGCUUAUCAAAUCGGAGAAUCAAACGAUGAGGAACAUACUGAGAAGCACCGAGAAGGACUGCCACCGCAAGACGGAGCAAAGGCUGAAGCUGGAGAAUGAAAUUUUGACGAACCUCCAGGAGUGCCUGCUGAACGACAAAGCGGUCGAGGCAAUGGCCAACGGCAUUAAGAAGAUGAGGGAAAUGUCCAGGAAGCAAGAAAUCGCCUUAACAGCAUUGGAGAAUCAACACGCGAAGAUGAUACUUGACAUCGAAGUGCACAAAAGUAGACAGGCGAAAAAUAAAAGUCACUUUGGAAGAGAGCUUAAAUGUAAACUAUUCGACAUGAAGUCACCGCAGGAGAGGAGAAUCGAGGAGUUGGAGCAGCAGAUCAGGAGUUUGCGGGAGCGAACGGAGAGCGCCCAACACGACUGGCUCCGUCUGCAGGGGCACGUGGUGAAGCUGGCCGGGCAGCACCACAAGAUUGUCGCCGAUAUGAACCUCAUCAAUAAGCAGAUCCAGAUCUGCGAGCAGAAGAGCAUGCGCAUACAGGCCGAGUGCGAGCGGAUCGGCCGCGAGCGAGCGGGCGUGGAGCGCUCGCUGCGCUCGCUGCGCGGCGCGCUCGAGGUGGCCGAGCGCACACGGAAGGACGCGCUCGAGCGGAACGCGCACGCAGAGCGCUCGAACGCUGCGGCCACCUACGAGUACACGGCCGGCCUCAAGGACGCCGAAUCGGAAAUUUUCGAUCUGGAGGACGAGAUCGAGGCGCUAGAGAAAGAGAAGAUAAACCUCACUCAGGAACUGGAUAGAGUCCAGAGGGAGGCAUUGAUAUGGCAGAGAAAGGGUAUCCUAGCAGUCGAGCUCAAACGGAGCAUUCAGGGCUCAAAGUCAGCGGCCGGGGAAAUCGGACAGAUGAAAAAUGAGAUACACCGAAUGGAGGUGCGCCGAGAUCAGCUCCGGCGCACCGGCGAGCGGCUCGCCGAGGACCUCGCGCUGUACGUGACGCGGCGCGAGACCGUAGUGGACAAGGGGCGGGCGGCCGCCGCGCUGGAGAGGGCGCACGGGGCCGCGCACGCCCCCCGCCCCGCCCACCACCACCGGCUGCGCCUGGCGCGAGCGGACGCCGCACGCCUCGCCAAGGAGUUAAGCGACGCUAAGGCGCACAUGGAGUACCUGCGCAGUGAGCAGGCGCGUCUGGAGAGGGACACCACCGCCGCGGCGGAGCUAAGCAACCACUUGGAGGAGCGCGUGGCCACGCUGAUGCGCGAGUGCCGCCAAACGGAGACCCGCAAACAUUGGCUCCUGGAGAGGGUGGUGCGCAGCCAGCGCCUCGGCAGCGAGCUCGGCGCCGCGGUGAAACGGCAGAGUCUGCGCGUCAAGAAGCCCAAGGGGGCCGUGCUAGCGGAGUACAAACAGGCGCGCGCCCUCAACGACACGCUGAGGGACGUCGUGGCCACCCUCGGCCGGGAGUUCCCCUAUUUGGGCGACAAGCUCGACGCGAUAGGGCACACGCUCGACGUGGAGACGCCGAGCCAGUCGCCGAGGCUGUCGCAGAUACAGUGCGCAUGUCCCGAUCGCGUGCCAUCGCUUGACGACAUCGCCGAGAAGCCGCUCGAAGUUUGCGAUCGCCCCGAA